AUGGCACCCCACAACGACGGCGCGGCUGUUGAAGGCAUCGCCGUGGAGCUGGAGAAUCAACUUCCAGAUGCUGAGAAAUCGAUCAUUUAUGACCCUGCACUCGCCAGUGCUGCAGACACGCAGCAGUUAGCAAAUAUCGGCUACAAACAGGAGCUGCAACGUCACUAUUCCAGUGUUCAGGUAUUCGCCAUAGCGUUUAGUAUUAUGGGCCUGCUGCCAUCCAUCUCGGCGACGCUAUGGUUCAACGUUCCUGCAGGUCCCGUUGGAAUGGUGUGGGGAUGGUUCUCCGCAAGUGCUUUCAUCUUUGUUGUUGGAUUAGCUAUUGCUGAACUCGGCUCCUCGUUACCGACCUCUGGAGGUUUAUACUGGUGGACACAUCACUUCGCUGCCGACCGAUAUAAAAAUCCUCUCUGCUUUCUUGUUGGGUACAGUAAUACAAUUGGGCUGAUCGGCGGUAUUUGCUCAAUCGAUUACGGCUUCGCAUCCUUCAUUGUAUCCUUGGGUACUAUCAGCAGUGAUGGAGAGUGGUCUCCAAAACGCGGAUACCUUUAUGCCAUAUUUGUCGCGACCGUUUUAUCACAUGGUCUUCUUGCAACUUUUGCUGCAAGAAUUAUGCACCAUCUUCAAACUUGGUUUGUCGCUGCAAAUUUCGCAUUAAUCGUGGCAACGGUUAUUGCUUUGCCAGUGAGUAUGCGCAUCAAUGAUGUGCCAAUUAACUCAGCAAGUGUCGUCUUUGGUCUUUCUGAAAACGAAACUACGUGGCCGACAGGCUGGGCAUUUAUGCUAUCAUGGCUAUGUCCUAUUUGGACGAUAGGCGCCUUUGACUCUUGCGUACACAUGAGUGAAGAGGCUAAAAAUCCCACCAAGGCCGUUCCUGUUGGAAUAAUAGCGUCAAUUGGAUGCUGCUGGAUCCUGGGCUUCUUUGUCAAUUCGAUAUUAGCUGCUUGUGCUGGAAGCGACUUCGGGGCCAUACUCAGCUCCCCCUUUGAACAACCCGUUGCCCAGAUCUACUAUAAUGCGUUGGGCAAACAUGGAACUUUAGGCUUUAUGUCUGCUAUAUCGAUUUUGCAGUACUUUAUGGGCUUGAGUAUUGUUGUUGCGGCGUCCAGGCAGACUUGGGCCUUUUCCCGCGACGGCGGCUUGCCGUUUUCCCAAUACCUCCGCAAGAUUAGCACAUCCUUUGGAUACCAGCCGUUAAGAACAGUGUGGGCAUCCUGCAUUGUAGCUGUGAUCCUUGGUUUGCUAUCGUUGAUCAACAACGCUGCCGCCAAUGCUCUCUUCUCGUUAGCAGCAGCCGGUAACAACGUUGCCUGGGCAAUUCCGAUCAUGUGUCGCAUUCUCUGGGGCCAAGAAAAGUUCCGCCCUGGGCCCUUCUACACUGGGAAACGACUCAGCGUUGUAAUUGCCGUCGUGGCACUGAUCUACUUGACAUUUGCUACUAUUCUGUGCAUGUUCCCGACAGAAGGACCAAAUCCUGAUCCAACCGUCAUGAACUAUUCUUCAGUUGUCAACGGGACGGUGUGGGGAGGCGCAUUACUGUAUUAUUUCUUAUACGCGCAUACUUGGUUCAAAGGACCCACCCACAACACUCAUGCAGUACUGGAAGAAGACUAG